GCUUUUCUUGAAAUGAUGGAACACACAGCUGCCACUACCAUGGUGAACUACUAUAAUAGUUCAGGUGCUCCCCUUAUCCGAGGACGGACAGUCUAUGUCCAAUUCUCAAACCACAAAGAACUGAAGACAGACAGCACCCAUUCUAAUGCACAUGCUAGCACACAAGCUGCACUGCAAGUUGCCCAAGCCUUAGCAUAUCAAGCAGAAACUCAGGGUGGUCCAAACACUGUACUCAGGGUGAUAGUUGAUAAUCAGAUCUACCCCGUCACAUUAGACGUCCUUUAUCAGAUAUUUUCCAGGGUUGGAAAAGUACUGAAAAUUAUUACCUUUACCAAGAACAACACAUUCCAGGCUCUGAUACAAUAUCCUGAUAUCAUCACAGCACAAGCAGCCAAACUAACUCUGAACGGACAGAACAUUUACAAUGCCUGCUGCACUCUGAGAAUUGAGUACUCCAAACUGACCAACUUAAAUGUUAAAUAUAACAAUGAGAAAAGCAGGGACUUCACAAACCCAAAUUUGAUGAGUGGUGACCCAACUUUAGAUUCUAUGGGAAUAGCAGGUUCCAUGGCAUCUCUGUUCAACCCUGCAUCAGGUCUUGCUUCUCCUCUAGCAUCUGGUUAUGGAGCAAUCCCCUUUGGUAGAUUUGCCCUACCACCUACUGUCACUUCCUCUUCGUUCCUGGGUUACUCUGGGAUUCGGCUACCUGGACAGCCAGUUGUCGGCUGUGUCCUCCUUUCCAGCAACCUAAAUGAACAGAUGAUCACACCAGAAGCUCUUUUUAUCCUUUUUGGAGUGUAUGGUGAUGUUAUACGGGUCAAGAUUUUGUUUAACAAAAAGGACAAUGCUUUAAUUCAAAUGGCAGAACCUCAACAGGCACAGCUGGUCUUUCCAAAGGAAGAUACAACUGUUAUGCCUCAACCAGAGAACUUAAUGCCUGAUGUUUCUGAAGAAGAAAUCAAAAAUACCUUUACACAAACUGGAGGGGUUGUUGUUGCCUUCAAAUUUUUCCCUAAAGACCCCAAAAUGGCUCUUAUUCAGAUGGGAUCAGUUGAAGAGGCUGUAAUUGCUCUGAUUAAAAUGCACAAUUACCAGCUGAGUGACUCAAACCAUUUGCGAGUGUCUUUUUCCAAAACAACUAUCUAAAUUAUAAUUCAAGUCUAAGCAUAGCAUAGGAGUUGAUUGGCCUGUUGUCCAAAUUAUCUGGCCAGAAGAAUCUUACCAUUAUCAACUCUGUGAUACAAGGAGGCCCAAAAAUGUGGUCCAAAAUGAAGAGUGAAGCCAGUUGAUCAAAUAAGAUAUGGUAUAUUUACUUAGAUGCCUUCAUACCUUGGUUAAUUUAAAAAAAAUUCAUACAGAGUUUAAUUUUUGUAAAUUUUCCUACCUACUUUUGAAUGGUCAUAUCAUAAAUUACACACUAAACUGAUUAAUUCUAAGUGUUUUCCUAUAACUAAGGUUUUAAUCAUAAAGGAAUCACUGAAUCUUACUUCAAGAGAAGAACUUUGUAUAAAGUAAAAUAUAUAUCAAAAUGUAUUACAUUUUGAGGAAGCUUACUUUGUAUCACAGUCAUUUCUUUGGUAUGUAUUUCAUCGGUAGUGUGUACUAGUAUUGUUUGAAGUGAACAUUUUAUAUAUUUUCCUGUGUAGUACAUGUAGUAGUUGUUCUAGAAUAUGACAUUUUUAAAUCUGCUGACAUGCUUUAUACAUUCACUAUGUGGGAAAUUAGCAAAUCUUCUAAACUAAAAUCAGUCUUUAGCUAAUGUUCAGAAACUUGCUCUGUAACCAUAAGUUACUUUGGACGUUCAUAUUUUCAAACCAUUUCACUAUAGAAGGUUAACACAGUUCUAGAAUGUGUGAGUAAAAUAAUUAUCAGUCUUUAUUAUGACUUUCUGAAACUUUUUCAAAUGAAUUUAGCCUCUGCUGCUGUUUUUAUCAGCACAUAAUUAUUUUGAAUACAUAAUGUAUAAUUGUAAAAGUUGUUAUUAUCAACCAGUUGUUAUCACAAUAGAGCAUUGGGCAAAAAACCUUGUUAGCAGUGACUACAUCACUACUAUGUCUGUUGUAUCCAGCUGGUUAGAUGAGCUCCAGCAUUGGGCAAAAAACCUUGUUAGCAGUGACUACAUCACUACUAUGUCUGUUGUAUCCAGCUGGUUAGAUGAGCUCCAGCAUUGGGCAAAAGACCUUGUUAGCAGUGACUACAUCACUACUAUGUCUGUUGUAUCCAGCUGGCUAGAUGAGCUCUAGCAUUGGGCAAAAGACCUUGUUAGCAGUGACUACAUCACUACUAUGUCUGAUGUAUCCAGCUGGUUAGAUGAGCUCUAGCAUUGGGCAAAAGACCUUGUUAGCAGUGACUACAUCACUACUAUGUCUGUUGUAUCCAGCUGGUUAGAUGAGCUCCAGCAUUGGGCGAAAACCCUUGUUAGCACUGGAUAUGGCAGAUGUAGUGUGAUUGUUCAUAUUAUAACGUACUCUUCUUUUCUUUUACUCAUAAGUUCUUAGAGUUAGUAAACUCAAAGUUUACAAUAUAAGAGACCAAUAGGUUAGAAAAGGCAAUCGUUGACAUGUAUAUGAAUUUUCAGUUUCAGCUUAUCUCAUUACUGAUAAUGAUGACAAAAAUUCAUAAAAAAAUUAUUUAAUAUGUUUAUUCAUCACAAUGAAAGUGGAGUGGAUCAUGUGCCACAUGAAACAGUUUUAAUGAUAAUUUGAACCCAAUGAACCAAAAUGACAGGUAACUGUAAAAUUAUAAAAUUGGCAAUACGUUUAAAAAUAAACUUAAGUACUGGUUUUAAUUAGUGUUUAAGUUUUACUGCUUAUCAAAAAUGACUUGUAUGUUUAUCUGCAUUUUUUUAAAACUGUGUUGACCCUUGUUGCACAAUAAGGUAUAGGUUAAAGGACAGCUGGCUUUCCUGGUAUACUGUGUGCCUUUUGACUAGUAGUAGAACUGAAUGAAAAUGUAAUUUUAUUAUAAUUAUGAACAACAAAUUACUUUGAGAAUUUUUUUGAAUGGUACAUUUAGAAAAUAAUAAGCCAUAAAGUUUUGGCACCAGGUAUAGUAGUUUCUUAGUUUUUAUAACAAAUGGAGAUUGGAUCAGGGUGAAUAUCCGUCAGAUUUCUGUGCCUUUAAAUUCUAGAGAUGCUCUAAUGUUAGUUAGCACAAACAUCUAAUGAUCUAAGUUGUUUUGAUAAGUUGUUGUACUUACUGUUGAAAAGAAAAUUAGUUUUUGCAUUGUAUUUGAAUGUAACUUUCCUUAUAGUAGCAAUCACAUACAAAGACAUUGAUAACAUGCCACAGUGGCUUUGAUCCAUGUUAAACAAAACGAAUGUGACAUAGUAAUGUAGUCCACAAUGUAUAUCAUUUCUGUGUGUCCACAAGUUUCAUUAAUAAGUGUACUGCAUGUAUCUGUAUACUGGUAAAAUAUUAUUUGCAAGUGUAAGUUUGGAAACAUGCUAAUUUAUCCAAGGAAGUGCAUUUACUUUACCUGUAUAUUUGUUGUUAAAUUAGAAUGUGAUGUUGUAUUCAUUGUUGUAUUUUGUUUUAAACAAACAUUUUUUUUUAUUUCUAAACAUUGAAAGAAUGUUCAAGUUUCACUGACCAAAUCAUGGUAUUUAACACUACCCUAUUUGUUGAAUAGUCAGCACUAAUGUUAAUCUUUUUCCUUCGUUUCAAACUUUAACACUACCCUAGUUGUUGAAUAGUCAGCACUAAUGUUAAUCUUUCUCCUUCAUUUCAAACUUUAACACUACCCUAGUUGUUGAAUAGGCAGCACUAAUGUUAAUCUUUCUCCUUCGUUUCAAACUUUAACACUACCCUAGUUGUUGAAUAUUCAGCACUAAUGUUAAUCUUUCUCCUUCGUUUCAAACUUUAACACUACCCUAGUUGUUGAAUAGUCAGCACUAAUGUUAAUCUUUCUCCUUCGUUUCAAACUUUAACACUACCCUAGUUGUUGAAUAGUCAGCACUAAUGUUAAUCUUUCUCCUUCGUUUCAAACCUUUCUGUGAAGUUUGAUCUUUUCUUUGUAUUAUUUUCAAUGAAUGAUAUUAAACUUACUAUAAACCAUCUGUAAA